AUGGGGGAUGGGGCCGGCCGGACAAGCCCCAGGGAUUUGCAGCAGCAGCAGCAGAAGAAUAAGAAUAAGAAGAGUAAGAGAAGCAGCGGAAAAAGAAAAGAGCCUGAAGAAGCAGAAGAAGCAAAAAAAAGAGAGAGAGAGAGAGAGAGAGGGAGGGAGAGAGGGAAAAGCAAAGAGCGCGCUGAUGGAGAGUCGACUCUUGAGGGUUUGGGCCCGUUCAAGAUCUCAGCUCUACUCCGUACAGAGGGAGUUGAAGCUGUGCAGGCAUCAACAGGUAGUUAUGUAUCAACAGGUAUUCAGUCAGUACUUGCGAGUUACUUCUACUUCACUACAGAGCAGACGCCACCAGCUAUCUCUCUCUCUCUCCCUCUAUCUCUCUACCUCUCUCAUCUUGACAUCUUGACAUCACCACCAGCCAGCCAGCAACAGUGGAGGAGCACUAGCAGCGACGACAUGUAUUAUGAUCCUCUCUAUCGUAUUAUCGCAGCCCCGGCUCUGCCCAGCAAAAAACGUGGCCGGCCUCCCCACGCCCUGCAUGGGGGACCCCCCCUUCGUUUCUCCCCCUUCCUCCGGCACCCAGCGCAGGGAGAGAGAGAGGGAGAGGGAGGGAGAGGGAGGGAGAGAGAGGGAGAGUGA